AUGCCGCUCGCAUUCCCGGCGACGCUGCCUGUGGACUUGUAUAUUACUUAUUUGCUGCUUGGCGUUAUUUUCUUCAGCGCCAAGCUCGGCCAGGAUGCAGCAGGCUUGGCUGCUUGGCUACCGGCAGGAGGAACUCCACGAGAGCAGUUCACCUGCGAGGGCUUAGACUUUCAGGCCACCAUGGCGCGAUGCGUUGCGCCCUACUUUUCUUGGAACUUGCCGCUGGCCGCCAUCUUCAUUGUCCAGCACAGUUUCCUUAAGAGGCCCAUCCAUCGAGCUUUUGGCUUCCAGGGUCGUCGAGGCUAUAGCCUGGCAAGUGCGGUCUCCUUGCAUCUCUUCAUGAGGCUGUACAAGGACCUGGAUGUCGGCCUGAACCUGGAUCUCUCCAUCCUGGGCGUGACCUCCCAGCGCCAUUGCUUGGCCUCCGCGUCCGUGAUCUUCGUGAGCUUCGGCUUCUUCAUGGCUCAUGACAAGGGGAGCUGGUUCCGGCAGAUCCUUUUCGAGGCAUCCCCGAAAGCCAAGUGCCCGGUAAACAUGGACGUCGUCACCGGCAUGGGCACCUGCGUGUAUCGGGAGAUCGGCUGGCUGGGUUUCCUGCUCUUCAGUGGCCUCUCCACCAUACCGAGACGGGUCACCCUUGGGGACGUGCUGAUGCGUGCCUUCGCCGCGGUGUACAUGUGGCUUUGCGCAGCUCAUUUCCGACCGGCUGCCGCGCAGUAUCAAGGUCAUUGGAUCGCGCGCGCGGUGGUGGCAGGGGCAGCUUGCACGCUGACGAGUUGUUGUCCGUUGCGAGGGCCUGAUGCCAUGCCAGUUCUUGAACGGAUGGCGAGUCCAGAGUGA